AUGUUUGUGACAGCAACUUACUGGAGACAGGCUGUGUCUAAUGUAGUAGGAGAUGUGCACAAGCGAAGAAGCAGUUUUGAAUCUCUCUUUUGCUAUGAUAAGGCUAUACCAGAGGAGAUGAUUGAAAAACCGAUUGGUUUAUCCUUGGCGGAGAAAGAUAUUGGAGAUAAUCCUCACUGUGACUGUUGCCAAGCCAAAGGUGCAGUCCUUUGUGCCACUUGCUCUGGUUCGGGCUUGUAUGUUGACUCUAUACUGGAGAGUCAGGGAAUCAUUGUCAAAGUUCGAUGCCUAGGUAUAGACUUUAUUCAUGCAUUAUCCUCAUUUAGCUUUGUGUCAUUAACUUGGAUUCUGAUAACGUAUCCAAUUGAAAUACAUCCAAUAUUAGCUCUUAUUAAUGUUUUGCAAGUUCUCCAUAAGUGACACGUUGCACUUGCUUUUGGGUGUUUCGAAAAAUCAAUUACGGGCGUUGUGCUUGCCUCGGGGUGUUUCGACAAAUAAGUUAAGGCGUCGCAUCAGCUCCUGGGUGCAGUGAUAAAUAGGUAAGGGUCUUCAUGCCAUGGACGGACGUGGGGGGUAAGGAAACUAGUUCACGAUAAUAGACUUAGAUUAACAACAUAGAACAUAGGUACACUCAUAGGCAAAACAAUGGAAUUUGUAGACACUAUGAGCACGAGAAAAAUUAGUAUAGUAUGCUUAUAAGAAAUUAAGUGGGUAAGUGAGAAGGCAAGGGAGAUAAAAAAUACAGGAUGUAAGAUUUAUUAUACUGGAAAUGAUAGAUGAAGAAAUGGAGUAUGAAUAGUUGUAGAUAAAGGCUUAAAAGAUAGCGUAGUAGCAGUUAUAAGGAAAUGAUAUAGGAUUAUAUCUAUCAAACUUGUAGUUAGAGAGAAUAUAAUUAAUGUGAU